UUUGAGGGAUUAAAAGGGAAGAAACUGAAGGUAUAAGUAGAAGCUGUAAGCGAGAGUUAUCUCAAUAGGUUCUUGGAGCUGUAUGGAAGACUAGAGGCUUCAUCAAUGGCUGCUUUUGUUGUUGUGGCUCUGCUAGCCGUGAGUGUGGCGUUUACACUUGGCCUUGAACUUGAUGUCAAAAGAGAGACAUUCGUUAAAGGAAGUGAGAGUUUCUGCGGGCGGCUACGUUGUAUGGAAGACAUCACUCGCAAACCCAACUUCUCGGCUAUCGUCAGCUUGAAUGCUUUCACGUACACAGAAAAUACCGGGAAGGUGUUCCUCACGUCCAUUGCACUUGAUAACCCAGUAGCUAAAACCCACAACUUAGCGGCAACAGAAAUCUCGGGGAAAAUCUCGAAAUCUUCCAGCGAGAUCUCGUUGGUCAUACGCCCGGUGAUAAACUGUUCGUAUUCGACUUUUGGGUGCCAAGCUUCAAUUUUAGAUACAACAGGAGCGAUCAUACAGAUAGAAAACGUAUCUUUAUCUUUAUCAAAGUCUUCCAGCUAUGACGGUGUCGGAGAUGUAGGGUAUAAGAAAGAAAACGUAAUGCCGUCUUCAAACUCCAACUCAGAUAAAGAAACCCAAAGACAUGGCUUCAAAAGACGUAGGAGUUUACACGGAACGAACCGGACUCAAGACGACGGUUCGGAUGGCGCAGACGGAGGGUCAAGACGUGACCAAGGGGAUGAGUUUUUCAGCAACACCCUGCAUACUCUGUCUGCAGAGUUGGAGAAAUUGUCGACGGACGCCAAGGGAACCUACUCCAAGUUUAACGACAGGCUAGACUCCCUGUCUAACACGCUACAGCAAGUCACCUCGGCACAGCAGCAGUCCUUGGCGAAAACAGACAGGGCGUUGGCGGAUAUGAGAAGGGCGGUGGAAGAAAUGAGGGGUCUGUCUCCCAAUAAUGAUCUUUUGAGAUCCAUCGAAACGGAGCGCCUGUGUAAGACGCACGACUCUACCUUACAUAUGCCGAGCCAUUCGGUGGUUGACCUUGGAUUAGGUAAAGACGUUCUAUGUGACACAAAGACCGAUAAAGGUGGUUGGAUUGUUAUACAGCGACGAGCCUACGGCGACACCAACUUCACUAGAAACUGGAACGACUACAAGAUGGGAUUUGGAUCUUUGUUUGGAGAUUUUUGGAUGGGGAACGAUUUCAUCAGCCUCCUUACCACCCUGGGUUACAACCAUUUGAGAAUCGACAUGAAGUUACAGAACAGAAAAUACUACGCCUCGUACGUGGACUUUCAUGUCGGCAACGAGAAUUCCUUAUACAAGCUGAAGCUCACCCCGUUCAGGGCGAGCGUCCGCGACAACUUCAAGGAACAAAACAACCACAUCUUCGUCACCUACGACCGCUCCAACGGCGUGGAUAACUACAGCUGCGCGGACUGGAGGGGUGCCGGGGGGUGGUGGUUUGAUAACUGCCUGUCGGUGAACCUCAACGGGAGGUGGAGGAGCCAGGAGGUGGACAAGGGGGUCAUCUGGGCCGACAUCACGGAGUGGAAUAACUCGCUGGAUUUUGUCGAGAUGAAGGUUCGUAAACAUUGAUGAUACUUACUUCCCCUUACAACGAUCACACCGUUAAAGGGAGACAAGUACUAAGGUACAGAACGAUUAAGGAUCACUACGCUUUAGCGGUGUAUGUGAGUUAAUCAAGCCUUGUACCUUUAUCUUAUCUUCGUGUACUUUUUUUUUCUAAUUUCUAAAUGAUUUUAGAUAAAUCAAAUAAAAGUUAAAAACUA